AUGGGGUACACUCUAAGUCAACUUAGGCCUAUUCAAUGUCAUGUUGGUCCUUCAGAACUAGAUCCUAUUUUGCAAUCACCAGGUGCUACUUCAAUUGAUGGUAAUCAAUCACCACCUACCACCUCAGUGUUUGAUGGUGGUCAAUCAAAUGUCAAUUCAACAUCUAAUGACGUACCUACUCAAGAUCCUUCAAGUGUAUAUUCUCAUAAUGAAGUUGAUAGGAGAUUUGUCAUAUCUGUACAAAAAGUUAGCAGACCAAGAAGGUUUGUUCCUGAUUCUGUGACUCGAGAUAUCAUAUCUGAAGUAUUGAUGAGAAUGCCUAAUCCAGCUGAGAAAUGGAAAACUUAUUCUGCUGAUAUGAAAGAAAUAUUAUUCAAUGAUUUUAAGAAUAAGUACCGAUUUGCAUCAGAUUAUGAUCGUAGCAUGGCAAGAAAGGUUUGGAAUUUAACAUGCAUGGAUCGCUAUUCUGACUCUUUAGCUAAGGCAAGAAAAAAGGCAAGAGAAAGAGCAAACUCAGAUAAUAUAGAAGACUUAAAAGGUUUUGGGCCAAGAGGAAUAAGGACUGAGAUGUGGGACGCUUUAAUUGACAUAUGGAUGACACAAGACUGA